AUGACUGAACCAACACCAGUCGAUAUCACACAAAUCCCACCACUAUCUCAUUCCACCAAGGUUGCCUUAAUAUCUGGUGUUACUGGACAAGAUGGAUCCUAUCUUGCUGAAUUACUUUUAGAUAAAGGAUAUACUGUAUAUGGCAUGAUUAGACGUUCAUCAUCUUUUAAUACAGGAAGAGUUGAACACCUCUAUAAGGAUGUUCAUAUUGUUGAUGCGAAGUUUAAACUUGUGUACGGUGAUUUAACUGAUACUGGUAACAUUAUAUCUAUCAUUUCAAAGAUAAGACCUGAUGAAAUAUACAACCUGGGAGCUCAAUCUCAUGUUAAAAUAAGCUUUGAAAUGCCUGAAUACACAGCAAAUGUUGAUGGUAUUGGUACCUUACGAUUUCUUGAAGCAAUCCGAGCAUGUGGUUUGGAAACGAAGACAAGAUUUUAUCAAGCAAGCACAUCAGAGUUGUAUGGCUUGGUACAAGAAAUUCCUCAAAAAGAAACUACUCCAUUUUAUCCUCGAUCUCCUUAUGCUUGCGCUAAGUUGUACAGUUACUGGAUUGUUAUUAACUAUAGAGAAGCUUAUAACAUGUUCGCCUUGAAUGGUAUUCUUUUCAAUCAUGAAAGUAUCCGUAGAGGUCCAACCUUUGUAACAAGAAAAAUCACAAUGGCAGUAGCUCGUAUUCAUCUAGGUCUUCAAGAGUGCUUGUAUUUGGGUAAUUUGGAUGCUGAAAGAGAUUGGGGCCACGCAAAGGAUUACGUUGAGGCUAUGUGGUUGAUGCUCCAACAAGAGAAGCCAUCAGACUAUUGUGUUGCCACUGGAGAAAAGCACAAAGUUAGAGAAUUUGUUGAAAAAUCGUUUGCUGUUCUUGGUAAGAAGGUUGAAUGGAAAGGAAAGUCAGGAACUGUUGAUGAAUAUGGUGAAGUUGAUGGUGCUGUUAGAAUUAGAGUUGACCCUCGUUAUUUCAGACCAACCGAAGUUGAAUUAUUAAUUGGAGACCCAACAAAGGCCGAAACUGAAUUAGGAUGGAAGAGAAAAGUCAGCUUUGAGGAACUAGUAAAAGGAAUGGUAAAAGGAGACGUGGAGUUAUUGGGUAGCCAAUGUAACUAG